CUUCUUCCUCUCCAAUAUAAGGGCCACACUGAGUCAAGUAGCACCGACCUCUGACAUUGACAUGGCACCCAACGUCCUGCCCAUCGUCUCCGUUAACCAGCUCCUUAGGGAGCGCGCUCGUGAGUAUCCCGACUUGGAGAUCCUCGGUAUACCCGACAAAACGCUCAAGUACAGAAAGUACACAUACAGAGACCUCGAUGAGGCUGCUUCGCUUCUCGCGCACCAUCUCGUCGACUCUGGCCUGCUCCCUGCUCGCGCAAAGGGCGACAUCACCACCAAGCUGACCGUCGGCCUCCUGGGUGUGAGCAAUCUCGACUAUGUCGUGACAGAGUUUGCACUCUUUCGCAUGGGAUAUUGCGUCCUCUUCAUCUCGCCCAACAACUCCCUCGCCGCAAUCGCCCACCUCCUCACAUCCACCCAAUCAAGCGCCAUAAUCGUCCAGCCCUCCUACAUCCCCUCCGCCUCCGCCGCCCUCGCCCACCUCCCCGACCCCAACACCGUGCGCAUCAUUGAUCAACCCCCCUCGGACGUGUACAGCGCCGAGGCGCGCACCGUGCACCCUGAGAAGACGCAGUGGGCGUACGCGCUCGAGCCGAGCGACGAGCGGCAGAUGCCCGUGACCGUGAUCCACUCGAGCGGGUCCACGGGCUAUCCGAAGGCGAUCACGGCGACGAACAUCGCGAGCGUGUCGAACCACUCCAAGAGCUUCGGCAUGCGCAGUCUCUCGACGCUGCCUCUGUACCACGCACACGGCCACGCAAACCUGCACCGCGCGCUCUACUCCACCAAAAUGCUGUACCUCUUCCCGACAGGCAGCGUCCCGCUCACCUCGGCCAACAUCAUCGCGCUCCUCGCCCAGGCGCCCGACGUCGACGCGCUGUACGGCGUGCCCUUCGCGCUCAAGCUCAUGGCCGAGACCGCGCCGGGGCUCGCGGUGCUCCGCGGGCUGCAGCUCGUCACGUUCGGCGGGAGCGCGUGUCCGGACGAGCUGGGGGAUGCGCUUGUCGCGCAGGGGGUGCGGUUGGUCGGGCAUUAUGGGAUGUCGGAGAUGGGCCAGCUGAUGACGUCGCAGCGCGAGUUCGAGACCGACGCCGCGUGGAACUGGGUGCGCGCGCGCGGGCCGUACGCAAAGGGCAAUGUCGCGGACUAUCUGCGCUUCGUCCCCGUCGGCGCGGACACGUUCGAGCUGCACGUUCUCGACGGGUGGCAUGCCAAGGUAAUGUCCAACCAACCCGACAACUCCUACGCAACGCGCGACCUCUUCCUCAAACACCCCUCCCUCCCCGACGCAUACAAGUUCAUCGGCCGCAUCGACGACACGCUCGUCAUGGUCACCGGCGAAAAGACCAACCCGGUGCCCAUCGAACUCACCCUCCGCUCCUCGCCCUACCUCGCCGACGCAGUCGUCUUCGGCGCGGCGCGCACGCAGAUCGGCGCGCUGCUCUUGCCCUCCGAGGCAGGCGCUGCGCUCAUCCAAGGCACGGGACCGGAGCACGAGCACGAGCACGAGCACGAGCACGAGCGAGACCCAGACCAAGACCAAGAGAAAGAGCAAGAGGGCAUAGAGAGACUGCUAACCGCUCUAGCGCCAGAGCUAGCGCGCGCCAACGCCGACGCGCCCUCGCACUCGCACCUCGCGCGCGAGGCGCUCGUCGUGCUCCCGCCCGGCACCGACAUUCCGCGCGCGGACAAGGGGAGCAUCAUCCGCCCGCGGGUGUACAUCCAGUUUGCGGGCGUGAUUGAGGAGCUGUAUGCGCGCCUCGAGGGGGCUGCGGCCGGCGGGGCUGGUGUGGACGGGGGAGCGGGCGGCGGUGGGAAGAGGAGGAAGGUCGAGGACGUGGAGGAGGCUAAGGGGGUCGUGAGGGAGAUUAUGGAGAGGACGAUUGGGAGGGAAAAGGAUGUGAGCGCGGGAGGGCUGGGCGAUGAGUGGGAUUUGUUCGAGUUUGGGUUGGAUUCGCUGCAGAGUGCGAGGGUGAGAAAUGCGUUGCAGCGGGAACUCGACCUCGGCGGACAGAAGCUCUCGAUCAACGCCGUGUUCGAGCAUCCGUCGAUCACCAAGCUAUCCAAGCUCGUCGUCGCCCUCGCCGAAGGAAAAUCCGCAGAGCAGAUCGACGCGCAGCAGACGAUGCUCGCGCUCGUCGAGCGCUACCGCCACUUCCACGUUCCUCCUCCCGCACACGCCAACGGGAUAGAAGUAGAAGUAGUAAACUCGAACGGACAUGUCAACGGCGAUGCCACGGCCCUAGCGCCCUCACCGCGUGUUGUGAGCGCCCCAUCUCAUGUCCUCCUGACAGGCGCAACCGGCUCCCUCGGCGCAUACCUCCUCUCCGAGCUCCUGGCCGACCCGCAAGUCGAAACCGUGUACUGCCUGUGCAGAGCAGCGAGCGACGAGGACGCCAGGGCGCGCGUCGUCGCUUCGCUCCGGACGCGCAAGCUGCUGGGUAAAACCGAGGAUGCGCUGGAUAGGGUGUUUGAGAGCGGACGGGUUGUCCCGCUCAAGGCGGACUUUGCGGAUGAGCGGCUGGGGCUGGCGGAGGGCGUGUAUGAGGAGGUGAGGAGGCGGACGACGUUGAUACUGCACAACGCGUGGGCGGUCAACUUCAAUCUGGGCAUCUCGAGUUUCGAGAACAACAUCCGCGGCGCGCACAAUCUCAUGCAGCUCGCGCUCUCUGCGCCCCGUCCAGCCGGCCGCCUCGCGGACUUUUACUUCGCGUCGUCGGUCAGCGCCGUCGCGGCGUGGCCUGGCCCUGGUGCGGUUCCCGAGGCGAUCACGGAAGAUCCGAGUGUUGCGCAGGGGAUGGGAUAUGCACAGUCAAAGUGGGUGACGGAGAAGCUGUGCCAGAUCGCGUCGGAGGAGACACCGUUGAGGGCGCGGGUGCUGCGCAUCGGGCAGAUGGUCGGCGACACGACCAACGGCGUGUGGAAUGAGACCGAGGCGAUUUCGCUUAUUAUAAAGUGCGCAGACACGAUCGGGAUCUUACCAGACCUCGACGAGUCCGUCUCGUGGCUCCCGGUAGACUACGCCGCCAAGACGAUUCUCGAGCUCGUCAACGCCAACGCCCCACUCUCACAGUUAUCAAACAGAGACUCCUCCCUCGUCUACCACGUCCUGCACCCCUCCCUCGUCCCCUGGUCCUCCAUCCUCACCGCGCUCCACCGCGCCGGCCUCACAUUCAAAGUCCUCCCGCGACAAGACUGGCUCGCCGCGCUCCGCUCCGACGGCCCCGCGGACGAAGCGCAGAACCCGAGCCGGAAGCUGCUCGUGUUCUACGAGAACAAGUACGGCCAGGCGGUGCUCGCGGCGCGCGCGCGGCUCACGACGGACGAGACGUGCGCGAAGAGCAGGAGCUUGCGGGGGGCGCCGCUGCCUGGGGAUGAGCUUGUGGGCAGGUGGGUGGGGGCGUGGAAGGAGAGUGGGUUUUUGCGGUGAGUUGAGAGAGGAGGGGUGAGGGGAGGGGAGUAUGGCGUGAUUGGGCGUGCGUGGUGGGGGUCUUGGUAGAAG